CCUUGUUCAUUUGUUCACAUCACUUCCCUUUCCUCAUCUCCUAAAAACAGCCUUCUUUGCUCUGCGAAUGAUCCACAAAAAAAGAAAGAAAUGAAAUAGUUUCAAGUGGAAGGGGAAAAAAACAGAGCAAGAAACAGGGCAAGCAGGGGACAACAUUUACCAUCUCCUUCAUCAAAUCACCCUCCUCUUUCUUUCUCUCCUCCACUCGCUGGUUUGAAUCAACAUUCAGCAACAUCCAUUUGCGGUUGCUGCUGAUGGAAACAGAGCUUCCAUGAAAAGCGUGCUAGGAGUUUCUUCCUCUUCUGAAUUAUUUCGUCCAACCUAGGAUUGGGUUUUCCUUGUGUGGUUCGGAUUAUGUGUUGGCGCCGUGUCUCGCAUUGAUAAUCUGUGGGGUACGUUUUUUUCCGUCUGAGAAGAAUGUACCCUAGCAGCUGCUCCUCCCUAGGGUUCCUGCUGCUCCUCUCUUUGAUCCCUUUCGCCCUUUCCAAGACCAACUCUCAGGACGUGGCGGCUCUGAAUGUGAUGUACACGAGCUUGAAUUCUCCGUCGAAGCUGGAUGGGUGGAAGGCCAGCGGCGGGGACCCUUGUGGCGAUUCCUGGGAUGGAAUUACAUGCUCUGGCUCCAAAGUUACCGAAGUAAGAUUAUCAGGGAUGGGACUGACAGGAACUCUGGGCUAUCAGCUCUCGAACUUGAAAUCCGUGACCUACUUUGAUGUGAGCAAGAACAAGCUCCAGAACCAGAUUCCCUAUCAACUCCCUCCAAAUGCGGCUUACAUAGAUCUUUCGAAGAACGCAUUCACAGGCAAUGUACCUUAUUCUAUCUCACUGAUGUCUGACCUUGAGCAUCUAGAUGUUGGCAAUAACAAGUUGAAUGGGCAGCUCACUGACAUGUUUCAGAAACUUCCCAAACUCAAAGUCAUGGAUCUAUCCAACAACCAAUUGUCUGGGGAUCUGCCGCAAAGUUUGUCAUCCUUAAAAAGUUUGGCUCAAUUGUUCUUGCAGAACAACAAAUUCACAGGGAAAAUCACAAUGCUGGGGGACCUUCCACUGGACGAGCUGAACCUGGCCAACAACAAGUUCACCGGCUGGAUCCCUGCCAAGCUUGAGGAUAUCAAUAACCUAGAUACCGAUGGGAACAAUUGGUCGAAAGGGCCGGCACCGCCGGGCCAGAAAAAGGCUGCGAAUGCCGGGAAAGGCGGCGGAGGAGCUCGGAUCUCGACCGGGGUGCUGAUCGCUCUGAUCGUGUUGGGAGUGGUCGUCAUCGCUGCACUUCUCAUCAUCGUCUUCUUCUCCAGGAGGAAAUCCUCUUCCCCUUCUUCUUUCCUCGACGACGAGGAGAAGAGCCACCACCAAAACCGCAAGUCGAACAAUAAUUUCACUCCUCUCACUUCUCAGGAGCUCUCCCACAACCCUCCUCCUCCGGUUCUGCCCCCUCAUUUGCGCCAAGGCGCCCUAAGAGAGUCAUUCGAGUCGUCCAACUCGGUGGACGUCAAGACGCCCCAAAAGGCGCCGUCACAAGGCUACAACAAGCAGCCGCCGGCCGACUUCGCCCAGUCCCUCAACGACAACGUGUUCGCCAGCCGCCUCAACUCCAAGAAAGGCGGCGCCGCCAGGGCCGCCGUCCCCUACGCCCUGUCGGACCUGCAGAGCGCAACCGCCAGCUUCGCCGCGGGGCGGCUCCUCGGUGAAGGCUCCCUGGGCCGGGUCUACCGGGCCAAGUACGCCGACAACAAGGUCCUCGCCGUCAAAAAAAUCGACUCCUCCUACUUCCACGAUUCCAACAAGGACGGCGGCGACGAGUUCUCGGAGAUCGUGGCGAGCAUCUCGAAAGUGCACCACCCCAACAUCGUGGAGCUGGUCGGGUUCUGUUCGGAGCAAGGCCACAACAUGUUGGUGUACGAGUACUAUCGGAACGGGUCGUUGCACGAUUUUCUUCACAAUUCCGGGGAUUUCAGCAAUCCGCUGACUUGGAAUACCCGCGUCCGCAUCGCCCUUGGCACUGCCCGGGCCGUCGAGUAUCUCCACGAAGCGUGCUCGCCGUCGGUGAUCCACAAGAACAUCAAAUCGUCGAACAUUUUGCUGGACCUCGAUCUGAAUCCCCACCUUUGUGACUACGGCUUAAUAAACAUGGCGGCGGGCGCAUGCAUUUGGCAGAGGACGAGCCAGAACCUAGGAGUAGGUUACAACGCGCCGGAGUGCACGACGCCGUCCGCCUACUCGAUGAAGAGCGACAUCUACAGCUUCGGCGUCGUCAUGCUCGAGCUGCUCACCGGCCGGAUGCCUUUUGACCACACAAAGCAGAAGUCGGAGCAAGCGCUGGUCCGGUGGGCGACGCCGCAGCUGCACGACAUAGACGCGCUGGCGCAGAUGGUGGACCCGGCGCUGCGGGGGCUCUACCCUCCCAAAUCACUCUCCAGGUUCGCCGACAUCAUCGCGCUCUGCGUCCAGGCGGAGCCGGAGUUCCGGCCGGCGAUGUCGGAGGUGGUGCAGUCGCUGGUGACGCUGGUGCAGCGGUCCAGUAUGAACAUGAAGGAUGAUCUCGCCGCUUCUCGUCGCACCGAAGACCUCGAUUAUUGAAUCACUUGCAUCAAAGAUUCAACGUACUUCAUAGUUGAUUAUAUCAAGUUUCUUGUAUUUCGGUUUUAUAAAAUUAUAGUUGGGGUUGGAAUAUUGGUAAAUUUGAUGUAAUUUGCUCAUUCUUUUUUUUUUUCGUUGAUGUAUUUUUGCCAUUUCUAUUUGUAGAGGUACAUUGUCGAUUAGAAUUCUUCUUUUAGGUUGAAUAAAGUUUUUGUUCGAAGG